AUGAUAGCCACCAACAACAACAACAAAUCGCCGGCCGCUUCUCCUAGGAAGCCAACGGCAACUGUGGGAGACUCUCCUGCCAAGAAUAACAGCACCAGCAAGAGCUCGUCUUCGAAGGUCAUUGAUGCCUUGCAGUCGACAAUUGACUCGUUGACUGUGGAAAUCACCACUUUAAAGACGACAAACCAAGAACUCUCGAGGAAAAACCUGAUUGUCACUUCGAAAAACGACUCGUAUGUGGACCAAGUGGCCAAUUUGAAACACGAAAACGACAUGUUGUCUGCCUUGCUCAAGAGGAAAGAGCGUAGAAUCUUGGAUUUGGAAAACCAGAAUGACGAGUUAUCCAACUCGGUGCAAGGUUUGACCAUGCUGAAUAAGCAGAUGAAAGUUCGAUGCGAUAAGUUGGAAGAUAACAGCAUGACUUCGAUUGCAGAACACGAAAGAUUGAAGAUAAGCUACGACGCCUUGGUGCUCAGUUGCAAGGAGUACAAACUGCAUUAUAAACUGGAAUUGGACACUUUACAGAAAAAUUUCGAUUUGUAUAAGGACGAAAACCAAGCUAAAUGGAACCAGUUGCUGGAUCUGUUGAAGAGCAACGAUAGAGAUAUCGACACGUUGCUUGAGAGUUUGAACAAUAAAAAAAAGUCAAUGGACAACAUCUAUGUCAAUAAAAAUCAGAAAAUUUUGACCCUUUUGGCAGGGUUGGCCAAAGUGGUCAAAUUGCAUGGCCAAGAAAGCAAGGAUAUCCUUGGCCAAAACGCCAAUGUUGUGGAGAAGUUAUUGGAAAUCCGCCCUGAAUUGCAAUCGGAAAUAUCGCAAAGAGAAGCAACAACAGUCGACAUUAAGGCCAUCAUCGAUGGCUCGAGAGCUGUGCUCAAUGAAGAAGAGGAACCUACGUUGGUGGUGACGCGAGAGAUGGAGAGCAGUGAAAAGAAUUUACUACAUUCAGCUCCAAGAAAAACCUUGCCCUUGCAUCAUUCAAACGCGGCUGCCAAUGGUAGUCAAAAUAACCAACAAAAGAGGAGGUCAAAGAGAUACAGCUCGAACAACUCUUUUGAAAAUGGGUCGGGGUUCCAGCCAAACAACUACCAACAGCACCUGCAGUAUGGCUAUCGUUCAAGUAGCAACCCCCCUCACCUCCACAACUCAAACAGUUCCGCCCAGGUGACUCAUAAUCAUAGUCAUAAUUCUAGUCAUAGUCAUAGUCAUAACCAUAAUCAUGGUCAUACAUACACCCAGCAUCAGCAUAGGCACUCGAGCCAGAGUUUGCCCAAAAAGCUGCCUACUAUCAACAACAACAUUGCCAAUCUCCCCAAAUCCAAUGCCAACACCCAAAACAACUCCAACACCAACUCUAACGCCAACGCUAACACCAUCGCCGGUGGAGGUGGUGAUCGGAGUUAUAGAAGACGGUCUGGUCAAUUCCACAAGAGGACAACGUCUCAAGCAUAA